AUGUCCUCCAGGAUUCACAAAAAGUUUAUACAUACCCAGCCAAAGACCUACAAACUCACCCUCAACGCCGUUCUCUCCUUUCCUUUCCGUAUCUGCAAUCCGCCCCCGGCUGUGGGCAAGGUCAGAUCAUGCAGCGUGACCCCCCUGCUACGGGUGCGCCUCGAAGAUGUGUUGGACAGGAAACAUCUGCCCCCGCUCGGCCUCAAGGACUUUGAGGAAUGGCUUCUUUUCGUCGAAUUGAGCCCGGAAAAUCUCUACUUCAUCCUCUGGCUGCGCGAGUACAAGCAGCGGUACAACCAAUGGAAAGCCCAGUCCGCGUUCCAAAGCAGAAACGCGCCGACGGACGACUGGUCGCAGCAGCACUCCUCCCACCUCGCCAUGUUCUACACCCGCGCCAAGCAGACCUUCCUCACCCCAGGCUCCGAAUACGAGCUCAACCUCACCUCCAACCUCCUCGCCCCUUUCCACACCCCGAACCCCUCCUCCCCGCACCCGGACCCCGCCCUCUUCCUCGACGUCGAGCUCGAGACCUUCCGCACCCUCGAAGAGAGCCUCCGCCGCUUCGUCAACGCCCAGCUCAACAACGUCGGCAACAGCCGCGUCCUCUGCGGCAUCAUCGCAGGCAUCGUCUUCUCCCUCGCAGGCGCCGUCCCGCCCCUCGUCGUCAACUUCACCCGCGGACACUCGCGCUGGUCGCGUCUCACCGCCGUCCCGGGCCUCUGGCUCGGUCUCACCAUCGUCCUGGCCGCAUUGCACGGUGUGUGUCUGGCGGUGUACAUCUUUGGCGAUCUCCGCCAGCUGCGCAAGUUUGAGCUCGCGCGCCCGCCGAUCUCGAAGCCGAAGCCGCUGCCCGCGUUCAAACCCAACUCGUUCAUCCCCGCCACGCGCCCGCUAUCCUUUGCCGACCCCUCGACGCUGCCUAUGCAGCAGCGGCCGGGGACAGGAACGACACCUGGCGUGGUCGUUCCGACGCCGAUUACAGACAUCCCGCACCCGAUCGUGGGGACGCAGACGAGCAACAUUGCUAGCGCGCAGGGCCACACGCGGUCGCGUGUGACGUCGACGACAUCGACGCGCGUGAGCGAGGAGAGCGCGCGGACGGAGUCGACGGACGACCGGAUCCACAUCUCGCCCGCGUACUACGACGAGGAAGACGACGACGACAACGACGAGUGUCUGUACUACUCCGCGCCCGAGGAGAAGGGCGGUGCGUCCGCGACAACGGCGGGGGCGGCGGGUGCUGCCGCUAUUACACCGGACAAUGGUGGGUUGAAGGAGGGGGCGUUCAGCGCGACGGCUGCGUUUAUCCGCCCGUUUGAGCCGAUGACGGAUGAUGAGUAUGAGUUGGACAGGUCGCUUGCGAUGCCUGCGAAGCAUCAGGUUAUGACCUCGUUCAACUUUGACGCGCUCCCUAGCAGACCUUACUUUCCCGACUCUGACGACGACGACGACAUCCAUACCCACCCCCACACACGCAGCGCAACCAGCUCCAGCACCACCAACACAAUCCCAACUCCAAUACCAUCACCAUCAUCACCCGCAGCAGCAGCACUACCCCCCUCACUCUCGCACUCCCGCCCGCCCCUCCCCCACAUCAACACCUUCCUCCCACCCCAGCACACCCACAUCGCAAUUUCAUGCCCCCCAGAACCAGCCGCAUCCCCCAGCUUCAUCGCGCGCAUCCAGGAGCGGUGUAAUAUACCCAAGUGGCGCUUGCAGACGGGGUAUUUGGAGCCGAGUUCGCCUGCUAGUGUGAGUAGUUCUAGUCGGUGGACUAGUAGAGGCGCAGGGAGGGGUAUGGGGGCAGGGAGGGGGACGGGGACGGGGACAGGGGGAAGCCCGCUGCCGCACUCGAGCAGCCCUUUUUGGACGCAGACGCAUCAUAGAGCGAAUGCGUAUUCGACGUCGUCCAUGUCCAUGUCGAUGUCUGCGUCCAUGUCCAUGUCGUUACCUUCUCCCUCCCCACUCGUGCCUAAAUCCGAGUCUGACUUGGAUCCCACCGACGAAAAACUAACACGCAAAUCCAAAUCCAAAUCCAAAAGCAAAGAGAAAGGGAAAGGAAAAUCCAGAGGCCCAGAAAAAGAAUCCAAAGUACACCGCCGCUUCCGACUCAUGAACGCCGUGCCGGCGUUCGCGGUCCCGCUGACGCGCGUGCUGAGCCCGGUUAUUGUGCGUGGGCAGUGGGAGAUUGUGGUGAGGUCGGCGGUGGUGGCGUUUGUGGUUGCGUGGGUGCUUGUGGGGAGUUUGUUGGCUGUGCCGCCGGUUGGUGGGGGGAGGGGUGGGACGUAG